CAAACAAUAGGCCCAAAUCAAUUAAAAUAAUAUCUUUCACUACGGACUCUCCGGUCAUCGUCCCCCCCCCUUCCGAGUAUCACUGCCAGUGUUGACUUUGAUCAAAUCGGCGCCGGAAAUGAGAAACUCGAGAAUCUCGAUCUUCACUUUGGCGUUUGCAGCCUACGUAGUCAAAACAAUCUCUUACGAACCGGAACUCGGUUCAGCUCGUGUCGUCUUCCAGACUAGUUACGGGGAUAUCGAAUUUGGAUUCUAUCCAACGGUUGCGCCAGUAACGGUGGAUCAUAUCUUCAAGCUCGUUCGUUUAGGAGGCUACAACACUAAUCAUUUCUUCAGGGUGGAUAAAGGUUUCGUUGCUCAAGUUGCAGAUGUGCCGAAUGGAAGAUCAGCUCCGAUGAAUGAGGAGCAAAAUAAAGUAGCUUACAAGACUAUUCUCGGAGAGUUCAGUGAUGUCAAGCAUGUCAGAGGCAUUCUUUCCAUGGGAAGACAUGAUGAUCCAAACAGUGGUGGAUCUUCAUUCUCGAUGCUUCUUGGUGAUGCUCCUCAUCUUGAUGGCAAGUACGCUGUGUUCGGUAAAGUGACUAAAGGAGAUGAAACAUUGAGGAAGCUAGAAGAAGUUCCCACUCGCCGUGAAGGGAUCUUUGUAAUGCCGACGGAGCGGAUCACCAUUUUGUCGACAUACUAUUACGACACUAAGAUGGAGAGCUGUGAAGAGGAGAGAUCUGUCCUGAAAAGAAGGCUUGAAGCAUCUUUUCUUGAGGUGGAAAGACAGAGAAUGAAGUGCUUCCCGUGAAUCCUUGUGAAGACCUUUCUUAAGUAAAAUAACUGUUCAACAAAGAAAAACCGACAUGUAUGUUUGAAAAAAAAAAAAAAAAACUCAGGAUGCUAAGACAGAUCCAUUGGUUUUUGAGUGUAACAGUGUAAAAAAACUGGUUGAGAAACAUUUGGUCAUGGUUUGUUUC